AUGGGGUGUUGUGAAAUUAUACAGCAUCACUAUAGCACCAUCUACUUAAACGUUUCCAAGCCAUUAGUUCCGGUCGCCCGGGACGGUCGUGGAACCGUGAAACCAAUCAACGAUCUGGAUUUGCCUAUUCUUAUGGCCCCAAGAGGCUUCUGUGAUCCGAGCGAAAAUAGCCAAAAUCCAUCGGAGCUGGUGGUUCUCAUAAAGUCCUGUGUCCGUUGCCGGAAGGAUCGUUAUUGGACACGUGAAACACUCAUGCAACCACAUUUGUGGAGUGAUUUUCGUGUUCGAUUCGUGUUUGUCACUGGAAUACCCUCAGUCAAUUACACCGGGAAUAUCCACUUCGAGGGAGUAUCAGUCAAUCAUCGUAGUCAUGGUAAUGAGAAACAGGAUUACGUGAGCACAAAAGGGGAAUUGUUAUCAGAGGCAAAUCAAUUUGGUGAUAUGCUGAUCGGCGAUUUUGAGGAUCACUACUUUUCACUGACUCUGAAGCAAACAUUCAUAUUUCGUUGGAUCUCGGCGUUUUGCGCUCACGAGUCCCAGUUAUUCUUGUUUUUGGAUCACGACUACACGGUCAUUCCAACCAAUCUUAUCAGAUUUGUACGCGGAUUACCCGCAGAAAUAUUGCCGGAGUUGAGUUUUGGUAUUCCUGGUCAAAAUCAUUUGGUAGUGCGUCCCCAGCAGAAGUCUAACAACCGCUGGGCCAUAUCGGAAGAUGAGUUCCCAUGGGACUACUAUCCUGCGUAUUUUGGAGGGCAUUCGUAUGUCAAAGGAAUCAAUGUUGUGACAGAUCUAGCAAUCGCCUCGGCUUUUGUCCACCCACUACGAGUGGAAGAUGCUUAUAUGGGCAUUCUGCGUUACAAGUUGCAAAUCCAAACUUAUGUAGUACGCAAAUUUGUGCAUAGAGUCCAGUCGGCAGAAGAACUACAGAGCACAAUUAUUGGAAACUCCUGGUACAUACACAAGUUUUUCAAUUGGAAAAUCGGUCAGAUUAUCCAGUAG